GCACGCCGCCAUCCAGCCUCUCAGUGCUCGGACAGGGCCUGCUGCGGGGGAGGCCCCGGGGUGCGCGGAGGCCGCGGCCGCGGGAGGCUGCCCGAGGCCAGGGCCUUCCACGGGUGUGCUGCUCCUGGCACCGACAGGCUCUCUUCCUGAUGGUGGAGUUGUGUCCCCAUUAAUCCACGUCCAGAAAGCUGUCCGGAGUCAAAGGAGGGGAUGGAGCCCAAGAGGAAAGCUGUGCAUUCCAGGAAUUAUCCUCUCUACAUCCGCAGCACCCCCAUGGAAAAUGAGCUGAAGUUCCAUUACAUGGUGCACACAUCCCUGGAUGUGAUAGAGGAGAAGAUCUCUGCCAUGGGGAAGGCAUUAGUGGACCAGAGGGAGCUCUACCUGGGCCUACUGUACCCGACCGAGGACUACAAGGUAUACGGGUAUGUGACCAACUCCAAGGUGAAGUUUGUCAUGGUGGUGGAUUCCUCCAACACAGCCCUUCGGGACAAUGAAAUUCGUAGCAUGUUCCGUAAGCUGCACAAUUCCUACACAGAUGUGAUGUGCAACCCCUUCUACAACCCUGGUGACCGCAUCCAGUCCAGGUGGGCCUACUCUCCUUACCUUGCUGCGGCCUUCUGCGGUGGACAGUCCCCAGCCCCCCAGCUUCAAAGUGGCAAGGCCUUUUACCAAAUCAUUGCUGAUGCAGACGGCCAUCUACCCAGCAGAUGAGGGGUGUAGUGGGGCGGGGGUCUGUGUAUGCCUGGGGACAUACUGGGUCCAAGCUGGGAGCAGCAGCCUUUAGGCACAGAAGUCAUUGUCCUGCCUUCUGUAGUGAGCAGAUGCUUGACUGCAGGUGUCUUUCAAACAGCCCCCAGGUAGACUUGAUAUGUGAACAGUCACGCCUGUAAUUCAUGGCAAGUGUGGGUUCUAUGUGUGUGUCUAUCCAGGAAUUCCUAAGGGACUCCUUCCUGCAUGCCUUUCCUUGGCUGGGCACUGGUGUCUUGGGUCAAUGCUCUGUUCUAGGGGAGAGCAGGCAGGUGUCCUUGAACUGCGUAGGGUGAGGAAAACACUGCCCACGCACUUUGGCCUUGGCCUGGGAGGUCCUCCAG